AUGUCUCCCUUUGUGUUCCCCAUUCCAUCCUCUCCCCGGCGUGCCGGGCCCGCGGACCCAGCAGGAAGGCCUGGACGACGGCCCGACUUCCUCUCGGAGGAAGACCGCGGACUUAAAGCAAUAAAUGUAGAUCUUCAAAGUGAUGCUGCUCUGCAGGUGGACAUUUCUGAUGCCCUUAGUGAGAGGGAUAAAGUAAAAUUCACUGUGCACACAAAGAGUUCAUUGCCAAAUUUUAAACAAAGUGAGUUUUCUGUUGUUCGACAACAUGAGGAGUUCAUUUGGCUACAUGAUUCCUUUGUUGAAAAUGAAGACUAUGCAGGUUAUAUUAUUCCGCCAGCACCACCAAGACCUGAUUUUGAUGCUUCAAGGGAAAAACUACAGAAGCUUGGAGAAGGAGAAGGGUCAAUGACAAAGGAGGAAUUCACAAAGAUGAAACAGGAGCUGGAAGCUGAAUAUUUGGCUAUAUUCAAGAAGACAGUGGCAAUGCAUGAAGUGUUCCUAUGUCGUGUGGCAGCACAUCCUAUUUUGAGAAAAGAUUUAAAUUUCCAUGUCUUCUUGGAAUAUAAUCAAGAUUUGAGUGUGAGAGGAAAAAAUAAAAAAGAAAAACUCGAAGAUUUCUUUAAAAACAUGGUUAAAUCAGCAGAUGGAGUAAUUGUUUCAGGUGUAAAGGAUGUAGAUGAUUUCUUUGAGCAUGAACGAACAUUCCUUUUAGAAUAUCACAACCGAGUUAAGGACGCAUCUGCUAAAUCUGAUAGGAUGACAAGAUCCCACAAAAGUGCUGCAGAUGAUUACAAUAGAAUUGGUUCUUCACUGUAUGCUUUAGGAACUCAGGAUUCUACAGAUAUAUGCAAGUUUUUCCUCAAAGUUUCAGAACUGUUUGAUAAAACAAGAAAAAUAGAAGCACGAGUGUCUGCUGAUGAGGAUCUCAAACUUUCUGACCUUUUAAAAUACUACUUAAGAGAAUCUCAAGCAGCCAAGGAUCUCCUCUAUAGAAGAUCUAGGUCGCUGGUGGAUUAUGAAAAUGCUAAUAAAGCAUUGGAUAAGGCAAGAGCAAAAAAUAAAGAUGUUCUGCAGGCUGAAACCUCGCAACAGUUAUGUUGUCAGAAGUUUGAAAAAAUAUCUGAAUCUGCAAAACAAGAACUUAUAGAUUUUAAGACAAGAAGAGUUGCUGCAUUCAGAAAAAAUUUAGUGGAACUUGCAGAAUUAGAACUGAAGCAUGCGAAGGGUAACCUCCAGCUGCUGCAGAACUGCCUGGCAGUGUUAAAUGGAGACACAUAAGCCGCACUUCACCUUCCUGUUAAAAAGGGCUGCCUUCCUUCAGAUCUUAUUUUUGUUCUCCUAAUGAUGUUAGCAUUUAUGCUCACUGGAAACAGCAACAAAAUAGUUGACACAGAGCAUCUCCUCCUCUUUUUUCUGGGAAACAGCAAAGCAGUGCUGUGCACAGGCAAAGCCUCUUGUGUGGUGGGAUGAAGCCCCGUGUCCCCUGGACAGCGGUCCGUCGUCGUGCGCUCCUCGCACUCAUAAGCCCAAAGUUCAGUCUCUUUUUUUUUUUUUUAAGUAAGCCCUAUAACUGUUUAUUUUAUAAAUAGUAAUCCUUAUGGCUGCCAAUCUUAGUUUCCUUCAAGUCUUCUCUGAAAUUUAAUCAUUUCAGAAUACAUCAUUCAGACAAAGAUUGCCUUUCUUGACUGUCUUUUAAACUUUGUUUCUGAAAAGCCUUGGAGGGCCUUUAGUUUUCUCAUGUAUCCUUGUAAAGCAUCUGAAUUACUUACUUUUAACUAAUCCACAUAGAAGUUUUGGACCAGCCUUUAUGUACUCUUUGUAAGUAUGGUUUCUGAACAAAAGCAAAUGCAUUAGUAUGUUUGCCUUAAACUUGUAGACUAAACCAAUUAUUGUAAAAUAACCAGCGAUAACAGUGA